AUGGCAUUGAUAUUGCCCAAGGGCAUUGUGGUCAAUUCUCCUCAGAUUGGAAGCACCAUUGAGAGAAUCAAGAAUGAUCCUUUGGAUCUUGCAGACAUUGCCAGAUUUUGGAAAGUCUAUACCACAACAAAACGAAGACUUCUCGACCCUACAGCUGAGCGUUUAGAGAAUUAUUGGUGGCGAAUAUGGGGGAGUCGAAGUCGAGAGUUGGAUGCUUCAACUGUUGCUCGACUUUUCGUCCAUAUUUCAGAGGGUGACACUUUUGUGCCACUCAGAGGACCGCCCAAUCGCUAUGAAAAUGAAAAGCCAAUGAAUAGUGUAGCCUGUAUUGGAAAGACUGCCUCGACUACUUCUGUUGCUCGUGUUCGCAACGAUAGCCGAUCAAGUACAACGCUGACAUCAGUCGCCCGGGCACCUGCUCCUAUGCCACCUCCAAUAUUAAAAAAGACUCGAGGUCCUUCUGCAAACGGUCCUCGGCCGACUGCACGAUUCAUAUCCCCGCCAGUUUCAGAAGACGAGUCUGGUAGCACAAGCACAAACAAGAACGUUGUACAAUCGCCUUCGCCAAUUCUUGAGCAUACCGCUACUAUUGAGGAGAAGAUCGAGAAGGAGAAGAUUGAUAGAAAGUUAAUGCCUGCACCGGCAAGUAAGAAAUUUGUUGCUUCAGCUUCCAAGAAGAAGAGACCAAUUGUUGUCAGGCGACAGAGUUCGCAAACUUCACAGUCUUCGAACGAUAGCUCGGCGAGGGCUCCAGGUGGACAAGGACAACAGAGUAGAACUUUGGGGAGGCUGCCGACGUUAUCUGUACUGCCAGUCAGAAAUCAGAACACGCAAGAAAACGUUACACCGCGAACCACAACCUCGCCGACCAAGCGGAAUCCCUCCAGAUCGGCCGCUCCAACUGUGGGUGGUUCGCGCAAACUUGCAAGCACUCGCGAGGAGAGUAUUGAGAUUGAGCCCACUCAGCCUGAGCCUUCCAACAACCUUCAGACACUACCAAACAACCAGGUUUCAGUACCUCAAGUCAGUGAGGCUGAGUUCAAGGUACAAAGAAUGCUUCACGACAAUGUUAAAACAGCUAGCAUGUUACCACCUGAAACUUCAAGUCCAGAUUCUCCGGCAUCGACCACGUCUAAGGAUUCGAGCAAUGGUAAACCCCCUGGUUAUAGGAAAGCGAGUGGGAAAAAUCUUUUACAACACCAGUCUAAAGGCAUGGUCAGCUCGGCGCCAACAUUGACUGAUGCAACUGGUCACCUCGAUCUAGGAAAUGGUAACCAACUUGCAGCAGCACCCGCGUCGCCAGAGAGACCGAGCAAAGGCAAAGCUCGAGCUCUUAUGAAAGAUCUCUUUACAAAGAAAUCAUUUUCACAAGCGGCUCCUCCUAGUCCUAUAUCAGGAAGCUUAGCAUCAAGCCCAUCGGGACCUUUAAGCAAAAGCAAGUCACAACUUUCGCUUCUGCUCGAACGAGAUCAAGCGAGGAGUUUAGAACCUAGGACAUUACCGAAACAUGAGCGUAAACAGUCCAUGAAGUAA